AUGACACGAGUAUAUCAAAACUUUCAAGCAAUUCGUGGUGGUUGUGGUCCUUUAGUAAGUUUUCCUGGUGUGUCAUUGCGUGUUCCAGGCAGUACGAGUACUGCUUUAGCUGAUUUUAAUGCAACACGUCAACGCGAAAAACAUGAACUUGAACAAUUAAAUGAUAAACUUGUACAAUAUGUUGAAAAAGUAAAUUUUUAG